AUGACUAUCAGACAAGACACAACUGCGACCAAAAAUACAACCAUAACCGCGCAUGCUCAAUACCCACACGCUGUAAUUCCACAGCGAACGAAAACUAAAUUCGGCAAUGACUUUCCGCCCUCUGCCAUCUAUCACUAUGUAGCUUACUACAGAUUGCUGUACGAAAACCGCCUUGUCCUUGUCCUUCAACACAACAAUCUAACAAUAGCCGAGCAACACGAACUUCGAAAAGAACUAGAUAAAAAACAAGCCAGUUUAACAGUGAUCCGUAGAGGAAUAUUCUUGGCGAUGCUUAGGCGAACGGUCGAAUAUGCCAACUUGCGACCAUUAAUCGUUGGUCCAACAGCUUUGAUUACGUCUAAUGUAUCAGAUGAAGAAAAUCCCAAACUUGUAUCUGAUUUGCUGUCUGCAAUAGACAAGCAUAAAAAGUUCCUCCUAGUUGGCGGUAAAUUUGAGAAUAGUUUGUUAGAUCCUAUGGGAAUAGAAGAAGUGGGGAAAUUGCCAAGCUUGGCUAUGUUACGUGGACAAUUGUUAGGAUUCCUUGGGUCGAUUGGGCAGGGAAUAGUUGGUGUGUUGGGACAGAAUGCGCAGAGUAUGGUAUUCACGCUUCAGAUGCAUAAAGAAAGCUUGGAAAAGAAAGCGGGAACAAAUGACGGACAGAACGAAGAAUAA